UUGGCUUUGGGACCGGUAGGAUGGUGGCUCGGAAAAGCUUGAGACACUCUGGGGGUCCAGGUCCCCCGGAGAGCCCGGGCAGUGCAAUACGUACAAAGAGCGCUUUGAAAAGAGCACAUUCCAGCAAACACAAAGCUGAUCAAAAGCACAAACCCAACGAUGUGUUUGCCUUCCCUAACAAUUCUGAUGUCUCCAGCAUCCUGGGAGAAAUGGAGGAAGAAGAACCUUAUGAAUUCUUUGACCCUCCUCUGCACAGCACUGCCAUAGAGGUUGAAGAGGAGCUGUCCAAGCACCGUGGGGCCUCCGCCUCUCCGGCCACUCUUGGAGGAAGAGAGAGCAGAAAUGUGAACCCUUCUGAAAGCGAAGCAAGUGGAACUGAGUCUAUAAAGAACAGUACAAAGAAGCCCAGGAGAAAGCCGAAGCCCGUCAGCAGCGAGCCUGACAGCUCUGAGGAUGACCAGAAGAGGAGAGUGAAGUCUGCAGACAGAACAGUUGAGGAGCCGCACCGGGCUGUGCCUCCUGCAGUGUCUUCAGCACCCCCGGAGAAGCCAGAGGAACGCGCCACGCCCAGGAGGACAAGGCCCCACAGCACUCGGACCUCUGCUGUAGAAGAAGCCCAAGCAGCACACAGACAGCUGAAAACGCAGAAGAAAGUGAGGCUGUCUCCUGGCAGAAGGAAGAAAUCAAGACGUGAAGGCACAGACUCGGGUGCUUCUGAAACUAUGCAUAUUUGGUGUCUAGAAGGAAAGAGAUGCAGCGACAUCAUGGAGUUGGAUGUCAUUUUGUCUGUAUUUGAGAAAACCUUCCUGGAGUAUAAACAAAGAGUAGACUCUGAAAUUUGUAAUCAAGCCAUCAACAAAUUUUAUUUUAAAAUUAAAGAGGAACUCGUCAGAAUGCUUAAAGAAGGCCAGGUGCUGAUGGCUCUGAAAAGGAAGAACGCCAAGAUAAUUGCCGACAUGGACAAGAAAAGGCGGCGUUUGGUUGAAGUCCAGGAUGAACUGCUUCGAUUAGAACCACAAAUGAAACAGCUGCAAAAAAAAUAUGAUGACCUUAAGGAGAGAAAAGCAUCACUUAAGAAUUCCGCGCAUUUCUUAUCUAAUUUAAAACAGCUACACCAGGAUUAUUCGGAUGUUCAGGAGAGUGAACCAAAGGAAAAGGAAGAGUAUGAUUCGUCUAGCCUCCCAGCUCUUUUAUUUAAAGCAAGAAGCAUUCUGGGAGCCGAAAAACACCUGAAAACCAUCAACUAUCAGCUGGAGAAGCUCCUUAAGCAGGAAUGAGAAGCCGGGGCUCCUGCCGCCAUCUCUCCUCCUGAAACUGUGCUCUGCACAACCAACCUUCUGGUCUGAAAAUAAGUGUGGCCUAGUCAUCAGAAUCUAUUAUUAUUUUGUCAUUCAAACUAUACCAGUUUGAUUGUCUAAUAGUUUCAGAAGCCAGUCAUAUUCCUGAUUAUUGCAUUAAUAAACUUCACUCUUGUGACAUAAGAGUUUUAACUUAAA